AUGACUCGGUUUUUUUCAGAAGAUUAUUGUAACUCGUUUAAAAAGCCUUUAUUAUGUAUUCAUUGGGUUUCGUCAAAUCCACCACUUUCAAUAAACAUUACGAAUAUUUCGAAGCAGCUUAAAUCAUUAAUAAAUAGCCAAGAAACCACUAAUAUUGAUACAGAUAAACCAAUUGAAGAAAGUUCAUUUAAUAUUACUGAUAAUAACAUUACUAUUACUAACCAAACAAUUUUACAAGAAAGUGAAAACAUACAACCUAUUCGAAAACCAAAUUUGUUUGCUGAAGAAAUUACAGAACUUGAACAAGAUAUAAUUGAAAAACGGGUAGCAUUGCAACAACAACAGUUUGCAGAAUUUGAAAAACGUGAAUUUCAACGUAAAGCUAAAUUUAUCAAUUCCAAACUUUGGUUUGCUACAAAUGAAGAAAUCAAAGAAGCAUUAGAAGGCUGUAAAGGUGAUGAGGCAUGA